AUGGAUGACACAUGUGUUAAUUAUGAUUGCUUUGAAAAUCAUUUCAUACCUGAAGCUCGGCAAAAUUUGAAUUCAGUUGGUUUACCUGAUGACACAAAAAUUGUCCCGAUUGUAGACGACUGUUGGACUCGUAUUUCACUUAAAGUUUUAAUGAAAGAUGAUGUAUCCAUGUUAUUCUUUCCUGCAAAUGUAAAAGAAGAAAUAUGUGCCCAUAUAUUUACUGAUAUUUUCUUUCUUCCUCUGACAGAUCCUCAAUAUGCUGAAGAAUUUCCUAUGGAUUAUUUAGAAAAAGUGAAAAAAGUGCAUUCUGUUGGAGGCUAUGGGUCUCAAGGAUAUCAGUAUGACUGGAAGUUAGAAGAAGCAAAGAAAAAUUUAUUGAGAACACAUACAACUGGUGUGAGUGCUAGGAUGCUCUAUGCAUUAGCAAAUCAGGAAGAAUUUUCACCGGUAAAGUAUUUCAGCAUAGAUAAAGUGUAUAGGAAUGAAACUUUAGAUGCUACCCAUCUAGCAGAGUUUCAUCAAAUAGAAGGUGUAAUUGCUGAUUAUGGUCUAACACUUGGGGAUUUGAUUGGUGUCUUGCACCAGUUCUUCAGCAAAUUAGGUAUCAGAAAGCUUCGUUUUAAACCUGCAUAUAAUCCAUAUACUGAGCCAAGCAUGGAGAUAUUCAGCUAUCAUGAUGGCUUAAAAAAGUGGGUGGAGGUUGGAAACUCAGGAAUGUUUCGACCAGAGAUGUUACUUCCAAUGGGUUUGUCUGAAGAUGUUUCUGUUAUUGCUUGGGGACUUUCUUUAGAGAGACCUACUAUGAUUAAAUACAAAAUUGACAAUAUUCGAGAACUUGUAGGUCACAGAGUCAAUCUGAAUAUGGUGAAUUCCAAUCCAAUAUGCAGACUAGAAAAGUGAAGAUAGUAAAUAUUGAACUUAUAUUUAUAAGGCUGUGAUCAAUAAACAAUUCUACACAUUUCUUGUUACUUGUUAUUUAUCUGCACUUACUGCAAAGUUUUGUUUUAGUAUUAUAUUGUAUUACUGCUCACCAUUAAAAAUUACAAAUUUUCUAA